AUGAAGUUGAUGCUGGAAGAAUCUCCACCACGCAUCCUUCACACAGCAUUUCCACCACGCAUCCUUCACACAGCAUCUCCACCACGCAUCCUUCACACAGCAUCUCCACCACGCAUCCUUCACACAGCAUCUCCACCACGCAUCCUUCACACAGCAUCUCCACCACGCAUCCUUCACACAGCAUCACCACGCAUCCUUCACACAGCAUCUCCACCACUCAUUCUUCACACAGAAUCUCCACCACGCAUCCUUCACACAGCAUCUCCACCACGCAUCCUUCACACAGCAUCUCCACCACGCAUCCUUCACACAGCAUUUCCACCACGCAUCCUUCACACAGCAUCUCCACCACGCAUCCUUCACACAGCAUCACCACCACGCAUCCUUUACGCAGUAUCUCCACCACACAUCCUUCACACAGCAUCUCCACCAUGCAUCCUUCACUCGGCAUCACGCAUUCUUCACUCAGCAUCACGCAUCCUUCACUCAGCAUCACGCAUCCUUCAUACAGCAUCUCCUCCAUGCAUUAAAUCCAUAUAUUCACAGUACUAG